AUAAUAUAAGACAGUCCGGACUGUCUAUGGCAAAUUGGCAACAGAAGUGUCUUAUCUGUUUUUCCCACUUUACAAGAUGUCGCUCAACGCAACUCUCGCUGCCACAAUGAGAGCAGUGGCCUGGUUCGGACAACCUUAUAAUGUUUCCGUCAUCGACAUGCCGGUUCCGAGCAUCGUGAACCAGACAGAUGCGAUUGUUCGAAUCACUACCUCAGCAAUCUGUGGCUCUGAUCUGCAUUUCUACCACGGCUACACCGGCGCUGCCAAUGUCCCUUGGGGUCUGGGCCAUGAAGCGGUUGGAUACGUCUCGGAGGUUGGCAGCUCCAUCUCAUCCCUUCAGGUGGGCGACUAUGUGAUCAUCCCGGACAAUGCCCACAGCGGCCAUUAUGGACAGCAACACCCGAUCUCUUUUGGUUCCGGCCAACCCAACUAUGGAGGGCUACAAGCUGAAUACGCCCGGGUUCCAUUCGCUGAUGAGAGCCUAAUCCCGAUUCCUUUCCGCAACAACACCGACAAUGCGACCAAGGAGCUAGACUACCUGAUGAUCUCGGAUGUUUUCACCACGGGUUGGCAUGCGCUAACCUAUAGUGGCUUCCAGCCGGGUGACUCCGUGGCCAUUUUCGGAGCCGGACCGGUUGGCAUCAUGGCUGCAUACUCCGCGCUGCUUCGCGGUGCGCAGCGCGUCUACUCGGUUGAUCAAGUCCCAGACCGCUUGGCUUUGGCUGCCUCAAUCGGAGCUGUGCCUAUCAGCUUCAACUCUUCCGACCCCAUCCAGCAGAUUCUGGCCCAGGAGCCAAACGGCGUCACGAGAGCGGUUGACUGUGUUGGGUUUGAGGCAGUGAAUGCCACCGGUCACCGCGAGGAUGGCCUGAUUCCCCGCAACCUGUUGGCCGUCACCGCCCAGCAAGGGGGUAUCGCCAUCGGAGGCGUCUACACCGGUGGACAGAACAGCACCCGUGGCGCCCCCUAUGCUGACACCAUCCCCGCCGAAGUUCUGAUAUCCAUAUCAUCCCUCUGGGAGAAGGCCUUGUCAUUGGGCAGCGGGAUUGUCCUGCCACUGGAACAUGCGCAACCGCUGGUUGAUCUUGUUGCUGCGGAUCGCGCCAGCCCGAGCUUUGUCGUGAGUUCGGUCAUCGACAUUGAGCAGGUCCCGGAGUACUACCGGCGUUAUAGUGACCAUCUGGAGCAUAAAAUCGUGAUUCGCUUCCCAUGAAUACAGGCUGUUCACCUCAGUUGCGUGUCUGAGACUGUCGAUUGGUGGCUAAAGGAGCGUGUAGUAGAUCGAAUGGAAAGAUAAGUGAAUAUAUUAAAUGUGUACUAGAUUCUCAGAGGUCUUCAGUGACUGUGGACAACGCCAAUUGAGAAAUAAAACUGAUUCAGGAUCCACGGAACCUAAACGGCCACUAAUGCAGCCUGAUGACAAGUGGAGAAAGUGGCC